AUGGCGGACUGGUGUCGGGUAUGCGCGGCGCUGCUGCUGCUGCUGCUGCUGCUGCUGCUGCUACUACUACGGCUGCCGUCGUCUGAAUCCCCGUUGCCAGACAGGGCAGACGUCAACUCGAGGGCCUUCCAGGUUCCGACCCUGGACUGGCCUGGCAUCUUGGAGAACGAGUCUGCGUGCAACCUCUGCGGCUUUCUGUUCGACAGUACAGUAUGUACCUCUAUCUACAUACAACACAGCCACAAUCUUUGCUUGCCCGCGUCAAUCACGGCCGGGACAACCCCUCCUCCUACGCACAGUGAGGUGUGA